CCAAUCCCCAAAAGAAGGUGGUCCCACCGUUUCGCCAUUAACGAGAAAACUCGAAGAAACUAUGAAGCAAUAGGAACGACGUUGGAGCUCGUCAAGUUUCAAAUCUUGCGCAAUGUUUACCAAAUUAUUUCAUAGAAAUCCUCAACAAUCUUCUCCACCUGAACCACCUGAGGAUGUUCCACAAUUGAAAGACUUUGAACCACGUGUUGUUGUUCAUUAUGGGAUUCCAUCUACUGCAUCAAUCCUGGCCUUUGACCCCCUUCAGCAUCUACUGGCUAUAGGCACACAGGAUGGCAGGAUAAAGGUGAUUGGCGGUGAUAACAUUGAAUGCCUUCUAAUAUCUCCUAAGCCAGUGCCCUUGAAAAACCUAGAGUUCUUACAAAACCAAGGUUUUCUGGUCAGCGUCUCAAAUGAAAAUGUAGUACAGGUUUGGGAUCUAGAACGGAGGUGUUUGGCUUCUAAUUUACGGUGGGAGUCCAAUAUAAGUGCAUUCUCUGUAGUUUGUGGCACUAAUUACAUGUAUGUUGGAGACGAGUAUGGGUAUUUGUCCGUGUUGAAGUAUGACAUUGAAGAAGGGAAUAUCCAACACAUGCCCUACCAGAUUCCUCCUGAUCUCAUAGCUGAUGAAGCUGGGAUUCAAAUACCUGAUCAGCAGUCUGUUGUGGGCCUGGUUGCCCAACCUUGUACCUCCGGCAAAAGAGUGCUGAUUGCAUAUCAGAAUGGAGUGAUAAUAUUAUGGGAUGUUUCUGAAGAUAAGGCUGUACUUGUCAGAGCCCAUAAAGAUCUCCAACUGAAGGAUGAAAUAAUUAUUCGUUCUACAAGUGAUGUCAAACGUGAAAGUCUCAGUUAUAAAUCGGAGGAUGAGCAGGCAGAGAAGGAGAUAAGUGCUCUCUGUUGGGUUUCUUCUGACGGGUCAAUGCUUGCUGUUGGUUAUGUAGAUGGAGAUAUUCUGUUAUGGAAUUUAUCAACUACAAUCUCUACCAAAGAUCAAAAAGCAAAUAAAUCAUCUAAUAAUGCCAUUAAGUUAAGAUUUUCUUCAGGUGACAGAAGACUCCCAGUCAUUGUUCUGCGUUGGUCUGCAAACAGUGCUCAUAAUGGUAAUGGAGGUCAACUUUUUGUCUAUGGAGGUGAUGAUAUUGGAUCGGAGGAAGUCCUAACGAUCUUGAAUCUUGAUUUGUCAUCUGGACUAGAAGCUCUGAAGAGUAUUAAGCGCUCAGACCUUACGCUUAAUGGUCCUUAUGCGGAUAUAGUAUUGGUACCUGGUGUUGGUGCAUCUGAGAGUAGUUAUACUACACUUUUUGUGUUGACCAGCCCAGGACAAUUGCAUGUUUAUGAUGAUGAUUGCUUGUCUGGACUAAUAUCUGCUCCAGAGAAGCAUGCUGUAAAUGCAGUUCAGUGCUCUGUAACUUUACCAACGGUUGAACCAUAUAUGACUAUCACAAAGCUCUGUUCGAUACAAAAAGAUGGGAAUUUACAAAGAGUUCUAAAGGAGACAGUUUUGGCUGCAAAACAUGAACUAGCAUCUUCUACAACUACAGGGAGUGCACAGUGGCCUGUGAGUGGUGGCUUUCCCAGUCAACUAUCCUCAGAUGAAAAUAUUGGAGUUGAGAGAAUAUAUAUUGCAGGGUAUCAAGAUGGCUCCGUCCGAAUAUGGGAGGCCACAUUUCCGGUUUUCUCACAAAUUUUUGUUCUAACUUUCCAGGUGGAAGGUACCGAAGUUCCUGGUGCAAGUGCACCAAUAUCAUCCUUGGAUUUUAACUCUACAACAUCAAGCUUAGCUGUCGGCAAUGAUUGUGGUCUGGUUCAUCUACUUAAGCUAGUUGGAGAAUCUGAAGAAAAAAAUGCAUACCUUGUGACAGAAACCAAGCGUGAAGAAAUUGAUUUGCACCAUGGGAAUGGAUGGCAAUCAACAGCCGUAUUUUCUCUUCUAGAUUCUCCUGUGCGAAGUCUACAAUAUACAUUUUCUGGAUCUAGAAUUGUUGUUGGACAUGAAUGUGGUAAGGUUGCCGUACUAGAUGUUCAAUCAUCAUCAGUAGUGUUUCUUACAGAUCUUUUAGUCAGCUCUAGUUCUCCGGUCGUUUCUCUGGCCAUGAAAACAUAUUCACAAACUGAUACUGAUGAUUCUGAGCAAUCUGGAAACACAUCUCCAAGUGAUCCACCAAAGGAAGUGGCUUUCAUAUUGACCAAAGACGCACAAAUCAUCCUUGUGGAUAGUAGUAGUGGUAAAAAAAUCUGCUCCCAGUCAGUAAAUCCGAAGGAGUCAGCUGCAAUCUCUUUAUACAUUUUAGAGGAAAAGUUUUCUGUCCCAGAAUUGUCGGUACAGAAUACUGUGAACUCAUCCCAGGACUCCACAGAUGGAAAGGAGUCUUUACAGUCCCACACUGAGCCAGACAGUGAUUCAACUGAAGUAAAUAUCUCGAGUGAAGGCAUUGAAUUGUGGAAGAAUUUUGUUGACUCGCUGAUCUUAGUUUGUUGUGAGGAUUCAAUGCUUUUAUACUCAACCAAGUCUCUAAUUCAGGGGGAGCCAGACUUCAUCUGCAAAGUUGAUUUAGAGAAACAAUGUUGCUGGACUACUAUCUUCAAGAAAAAUGAACUGGAAUCAGGAGUGGUUUUAGUAUAUUCGACUGGGGUUGUUGAGAUCAGGUCCUUGCCAGACCUUAAAGUGCUGGCAGAAACUUCUAUAAUGUCCAUUCUUAGAUGGAACUUCAUGACUAACAUGGAGAACACAAUGAGUUCUUCUGGUAAUGGGCAUAUAACAAUGGUGUAUGGGCGUGAACUUGCUAUUAUAUCUCUUUUCACCUCUGAAAAUGACUUCAGGAUCCCAGAGGCUCUACCUCGUCUUCAUGAUAAAGAUGUUGCGGAAGCUGCAGAGGCUGCUCUUAAAUUCUCUCUUAGCCAGAAGAACAAACAGACUGCACCAACAGGACUACUUGGUGGUAUCAUCAAGGGCAUAAAGCGAGAAAAAGAAAAUGAGAAUGUGAAUAUUGAAGAAACUCGAGACGUUCUUGUUCCUAAGCUAGAAGCCUUGUUUUCUAGGGCACCUUUUUCAGUUUCAGAUUUAGAUUUGGGAGAUGACUUUGAUGAACCAAUCAAAUCAGGUUCUACAUUGAGAGAGAACUUUGAUGAGCCAAUCAAAUUAGUUGUAGAGAGAAUCGAGGUCGAACCGAAGUCCCCUACACUAUCUCCUCAGACUCAGAGCCAGACUGAGACAAACAAGCAAACAGAGAGGGAUAGAUUACUUGAAGGUGGCUCUGCCAUAACAGAACCAAAAGCUAGGACAGCAGAGGAAAUCAAGGCGAAAUAUCGAAAGACUGCGACUGGGGAUACAGCAGCCAUGGCACUAGAAGCAAAAGACAAGCUUCUCGAACGCCAAAUGAAACUUGAGAAACUAAAAGAAAACUCGGAAGAACUGGCAAGUGGGUCCGAGAACUUCGCAUCAAUGGCAGAACAGCUUGCAAAGCAAAUGGAGAAUCGAAAGUGGUGGCAGCUGUGAAUAACAAUAACUACUCGCUGAGUCCCUGGGGAUGGAUCUCUUAACUCGGCAUAAACUCGAAUGGUCAAUUAAUGGUACAUUACAUUUCAUCGCUAGUUAAUUUUUCUUAAUAACCUGAUAAAGUACAAACAGUUGUGUAUUGUUUGUGUAUUUAUUAUAACGAGUUAUAUAAACCUCGGUCGAUUCAUG